AUGGUUGGCAAGGACUGCGUUGCCAUUGCCUGCGACCUGCGCCUGGGCAUGCAGUCCCUCACCAUCUCCAACAACUUUCCCAAGAUCUUCCGCUACGGCGACAAUGUCUUCCUUGGCCUCACGGGCCUCGCCACCGACGUGAGCACCGUCUCCGACCUCUUCCGCUACAAGACCAACAUGUACCGCCUGCGCGAGGAGCGGUCCAUCUCGCCCCGCACGUUUGCCAACCUCGUCUCGUCGAGCCUGUAUGAGAAACGGUUCGGGCCAUACUUUGUCAGUCCGGUGGUGGCUGGCUUGGACCCCACGACGGGCAAGCCCUUUAUCUGCGGGUUCGACAGCAUUGGGUGCAUUGAUUUCGCAAAGGACUUUAUCGUGUCGGGCACGGCGUCGGAGCAGCUGUUUGGCAUGUGCGAGGGGCUCUGGGAGCCGGAUCUGGAACCCGAUGCGCUCUUCGAGACCAUCUCGCAAGCGCUGCUCAACGCGGUCGACCGCGAUGCCCUCUCCGGCUGGGGUGCUCACGUCUACAUCAUCGAAAAGGACAAGGUCACCAAGCGCUUACUGAAGGGCCGCCAGGACUAG